AUGACGAAUCGAAGCGAAGUUCACAAAGCCUACCACUUUCCGGUUCUUCAGCCGCUGUCGUUCGCAUCACUAAUAUCGCGUCGCCUUCCGGUUUUUGAUGUUUCGUUUUUCUGUGUUGAGUACGCGAAUAAACAUGUGCGCUGUGCACAGUCUCGGCAACGAUCGUCGAACGUCCGUCCAGUCGGUGUGCGGUUUUUCCUACGUUCUCCAAAGCCGCACUCUGAACCGUUUUUGUACGAACGGACGGUGGUGCCAAGCCGUCAGCUUUUAGCUUUCGAUUACGUUUCGUCUAGACGUCGGUUUCUUCGGCCGUUACACCCUGUGCCGUUGCUGUUGCUGCCUGCAAAGCAGCUUUUCUACUGUUGCGAUUACACAAGCGGUGUGUGGUGGUUGGAAUUGUGUUCCGAUCACCGAUCGGUGCUGGUCGAAUCGGACCGACCUGUCAUGACAACUGGCUUGAGUUUGUCAUCUUGGCAUAGAACCUUAAGGUACGGAGGUAGGUGGGGUGGUCCGUGA